AUGGCAUCAUCUCAUGCAUCAACAAUCUCAAUUAUUGAAGUACCCACCGUCGACGAAGUACUUUGGUUCCUACCAAUGGCACAGAGAAAGACUCAAGAAAAUAUCGAUACACUCGCAAAGUUCAUAGCAAGUGCUCUUCUGGAAGAAGAAGAUUCUCGUUCUACAAUUGUAUUGCAUAGGUCCUUCCCUGAAGAACGCCAAAGACAACAUAAACACCUUAUAUAUUCCAUGGCGAGAUUACUCGUUGAAAUGAUUGCUUGUCGGGAGAAGAAUGAAAAGGAUCUGCAAAAGGUCAUAGAGGAGUCUAUUAGCAUGGAGAAGGCAUGCAUGAAGCCAAUUGAGCAGUUGAUGGAGAAUGGAGAGACUUCAAAGAAUUCUUGA